AUGGUGUACAAAACAAAGUUGAAUGAGCUUGGAGAAGUAGAAAAAUACAACGCUCUCUUGGUCGCCAAAGGGUAUGCUCAGGAAUACAAAGUUGAUUAUGAAGAAGUAUACGCUUCUGUAGCUCAUAUGGACACAGUUCAAAUGAUUUUGGCACUUGUUGCACAAAGAGGUCGGUAUGUGUUUCAGUUGGACGUGAAGUCGGCCUUUCUUCAUGGGAAGUUAGUUGAUAAUGUAAAGGAAUGCUUUGAGAAGGAGGAUAGUGAGCAAACUUUGUUUGCCAAAGUUAAACAAGGUACGGCCAAGUUUAGCAUUCUCUACAAAACGGAAGGAAAUUUGGAAUUGAUCGACUUUACAUAUGGUGAUUAUGAUGGAUCGGUGGAGAAUAGAAGAAGUACUUCAGGUUAUGUUUUUAUGCUAAGUGGAGUUGCAGUAGCUUGGUCUUCUCGAAAGCAAUUGAUAGUAACAUUGAGUACGAUGGAAGCUAAAUUUAUAGCAGCUGCGAGAAACCAGUUGUCAGGAAAUAUGGAUGCAAAGGGUGUUGAAGAAGAUAGGUUACACGGACAGUGGAAGUACUAUCAUUUUUUCUAA